AACGAUUGGAUUAAUUGAUAAGGUUGUGUGAUACCGUUACUCUUAGAAAUAAGAAUGAAAUUAAUCAUUAUUCUUUAUUAAUAAAUAUAUAUAGUUUACGUUUGAACAGCUAAAAUGUAUCUUCUAGUUAUAGUGCAACAAUGAUACAAGAAUGGAAAGUUUGAAAAUCAGGGAAAAAUUAUUCAAUGAAAAGAAAAUAUUGUGGUUGGCCGCGCGUUGUAUCGCAUAGGAGGCAUGGUAUCCCCAUUCAAGGUCCAGCAUCCGGAGCGAAAACAGCGGGAAAAUAAUACCAAGAAAAUAAGCAGAAAUUCUCUGACACAAUCGCAGAAGGUUCCUGCGCCAAAGUUACUAGAGAAAAAAUGUUUUUACUUGGAUAUUAAGAACUAUGCUGUUUCAGCCAAGUUAGAGGCAAAAAUUAAAGAAUUUGGCGGGACGAUUGAAGUAUUUUUAGUGCGAAACGUCGAUAUUGUGAUUAGCGACCGAGUUGAUAAGACAGGACAGACAAAUUCAGAUAAACGCAAAUGGGGUUACGCCAGUGGAGGGAGCGGGGGGCCCCCCUCGCUGAGGAGUAUAGAGGCCCCAACACCAACUCCCCCCACACCAUAUUUAAAUGCUGAUGGUCCCCUUUCAAAUUCAACAAAUCUACGGGUCCAAACUACCCAAAGAACAAAAUCGCGAGCGGAUGCAAUGUUGGAGCGUGCUCUGACACAGCCACUUCAGUGUUCCGUGGAUCCACUUAAAAACGCUCAAACCUGGAAUAUUCCCAUUUGGGCACCUGAGAAACUUCAAGCGUGGCUCGACAAAAUCUACACGUCCUAUAAAGAUACACACAUUCAACACAAUAAUCAAUCAGUUUCAUCAAAAAAUUUGAAUGUCAAACAAUUAAAAGUACCUUACAUCAAGUUUGAGUCCUAUCACAGGGAAACGAAACCUGUGUUUCUUGAAUUACAAUCUUGGCCGACCAUCAAUUUUGACGGUGAACGUGGUUCAUGUCCAUUUGUUUUUAAGAAGCCGCGCGCAAAGAAAGAGGCAUCUGAAAGCAAAGAAACCAAGGAAAACUGGGAGGCUGCAAACGUAAAUAAGGAAAAGGGCAAAGAAAUGACACGUAGGCCUCGUGCCACAACUCGUGCUCGCAGGGCAGAACAACUCGUUUCUGGGUACUGCGAAAUCUGCCGUUCCGAGUAUCGAGACUUAACAAAACAUUUACAAACAGACAAGCACUUGAGUUUCGUUCAAAAUGAAGAUAACUUUUUGUCCCUGGAUAGACUUAUCAGUACUGGCGCGAGUGUCGAAGCAUUUUUAAAGCUUAAUUCGUCAAACGAUGUCAGAAAAGACUGCAAACUAUUCCCGAAUGGUGAUUCGAGUCUUCACAAUAAAGCUCUAUCAGAGCAAGGAGACAAAUCACCAAAGGAGAAUCUUGACAAUUUUAGUGUUGACGAGAUUAAAAUGGUGCAGUGCAAUGGUGCGCGAAGGAAUCUUAAUUUAAAAUUAAAUUCUCCACACAAUUUACGAACACGUGCCAAACACGAGAGUGGACAUUUAUUAAGAUCAAAGGGCCGUUCAUGGAUUGAUGAUGAUAAAAGUAAUAAUGAUAAGACCUAUGAUAAAUUUGAGGGUUUCACAAUAAAAAAAAGGGCAAAAGGAACAAUUUGGAUUGAGGAGGAUGAUCCUAAUGAAAAAUCUGAAAAUGAAAGUUUAAAGGAUAAUGACGAGUGCAAUCCAAAAGUCUUACUCGAUCAUGAGUCAGAUUUUAAAACAACACAACUACGCAAAAGUAAUGGUCACAGUGAAUCAAAUAAUUUUAUUGGAAGGGAUACUAAACGUGAUAUUUCAAAUCAGAAUAAUCAUCUUAUAGAUAUCAAUAAUAGUAAACGAAAAAAAGACUCCAGUCCAAGGAUAAAUGAUAAUCACGAGGCAAAUGAAAAUGAAUCGCAAAAUGUAAAGAAGGAGGUGAAUAAAAAUUCUAUCAAGGAUUCAUCAAAUGUGAAAAAUAAUUCAUCAUCUAUUAAAGAUUCAAUGAAUGGUGAAAUAGGUAAGGAGGAGAAGAAAAAUGAAAUUGAAAUUACCUGUAAUAAUGAUAAUAAUGAUUAUGAAGGAGAAGAAGAAGAGGAGGAAAAAGAAUGUCGCGGUUUUAAGGCACAGGAGGAAAAAGAUGAAAAACCAAGGAGUAUAAGAUUUAGCCGACGUGGUGGAAGAAGUUACAAGGGUCGUCAAAGAUUGUCGGUUGAAGAAAGAUUGAUUGAGGAUAAUCGUGCUUAUUAUAAAGUCGAGGUACUUGGCAGUAAGUUACGAUCAAGUGUUAUUCCAGCUGCUUUGCCACCGCCAGUGAUUGUUGAGAAAAUUGUUUGCGAAGAAGAAAAAAAUGAUGAGGGUCCAUCGAGUGAAAAACCCGUUGUUGUGCGAUUUAAACGUGUACGAAAAUCGGAACUUUCAUUGCUCAGCGAUGAAGCGGAAUCAUUUAUGUUUGGUGAAACAAGACGAGAUGAUUCCAGUGAAGCGAGUGAGAAUGAACAAAGUAGUGUUUUACCAAAAGACAGUGAAAGUGAUCGUGAAAAUACUUUGAAUUCGGUGAAUCUUAGUUCAAUGGAAAAUAGUUCAGAUCUAGUGAAACAGGAAGGUGGUGUGUGCGGUGAUGAUUCUCAAGAUUUGAGCAAUGUUGGACGUUCAAAAAAAAAGAGACGUACACAAGCCGAAGCAUUAAUAAUGGAUAAUGUUGAUUAUUAUAAAUUCGAAACACCUGGCAGUCGAUUGAGAUAUCAAGCUCCACUCACCGGUAUUGAAAUAGGAAAAAAUGAAAAGGAUGAGAUUCAAUGUAAAGAGCAUGAUGUAACAGUUGACAGAUUAUUACCAUCGAAACCAUCGCCGGAAAUUGAGAGAAUGCAAUUUUCCUUUGAGGCAAUACCAAAAUCUGAACCCUGGUAUCAAACGUAUCAACGUCAGGAUGAGGGCGAGGAAUAUUGGCAUUAUUUUAGUGAAUCAAAUGAAUCGAAACCAUUUUUAUUACCGUAUGAGAUUGAAAAUUUUCAUGAGACACUAAUGAAAAGGUUACAAAAGAUGGAUGGUAGAAGGAAAAGUCGAGGACGUGGUUCGUUUGUUGGACGAUCGCCAAGAAAAAGUCCAAGGUGCCAUGCUUCUACAUUGGCGAUUAUGUCAACAAUUAUCAGGAAACGCGAACAACAACAACAGCAUACUCCAACUUUAACUGUUAUUGAUGAAGAAAAUAAUGCUGGAAAAUUAGAGACAAGUUCAAAACAGGAAAUCAAAUCCAAGUCAGACGUUGACGAAGAUCUCAAAGAAAUUGCAAAAAAUAUUGAUGAGAUGCUGUCUGCGAAUGAUUUGCAGGACGAUAGCAAUCCGUUUGAAGAGGAUUUCCUCUCAAAUGUCGAGGAAACAACCGUGGAGGAAACCCAAUUACCAAAAGGUGCACCAGUGAAUUUAUUGGAAUUACUCGAAAAUUGCCACGAUCUCGUGCCCUGCCUCGAAAAUUCGUCAUGUGCAAGUUCUGAUUGUGGCGAUGGUAAUGGUGAAUCGCCAUUAAAACGUCGUAAACGAAGGAAAAAUCGAACAGGCUGGCCAGGAAAUAAAUUACGUCGAAAAUUACAUAGCAAACAAUUGUCAGCAUUUGAAGCUGAGAAAAAAUUAGAAUCAACCGAACUUCCUGCAUUGAAAGAAGAUAUUUGCGAAAGACUUGAAUCAUCAGUGAUUGAAAAUGAAUAUCCCGAUAAUAAUCAUCAUAUCAUCAAAUCAUCCGAAUUAUGUUCAUAUGAAAAUAACGAAGAAAAAAGAAAUCGUUCGAUAGACAGUCCCGAUAGAAGAAGUCAACAUUCUGAAGAAUUGAAAGAUAAAGAAAAAUUGGAAAAUCAGAGCUCUGAAGAUUCUAAAUCCGCAAAGUCUCUCAAGGAAAAAGAAUUCUCUGAUACUGAAGAAUCAUUGAAAAGUAAUAAUAGUGAAACUUGUGAAGAUUCUGAGAAUACUUCUAAUGAAAAAGAAAUAUCACAACAAUGCGAUGAGGAAUUGAAAGAAAGUGAAAAAACUUUAACAGAUGAAGACGAUGAUGAUGAUGAUGAUGAUAAUUAUAAUGAUGAAGAUGAUAAUGAAUCUUCAUCGAGAGGUGAUUGUCUAAAUAAAAAAGAGACAUUAACCGAAAAGGAGGAAAUCAACAAGAGGGAUUCAUCAUCAAAAAAGAAGGAUUCUAGCUCUGAUACUGUGAAAAAUACAACAAGCGAUUCCUCGCAACUAUCCGAGAAUACAGCGGGAAAUGACGAGAAUUUAAAAAUAGGAAAUAAAAAACGUCACCACCUCUCAACCUCAUCAUCAUCCGACAGAGAAAGUCUCGCAAAGAGAUUAAUGAAAAAUAACGUUGUUGUUGUCUCACCUCGAAAGCGUAAUAUGACAAAAUCGAUUAGACGCAAUCGAAAUUGUCGUCGUACGCCUGGUGGUUCGUCGUCAGAGACGCGUGUUAUUAAUUUUAAAACAAAAUGCAAAGCACGACAAAGAUCGACAAUACGAUCAAAUAAUAGUCGAUCAUCAGGUGGUAUAAGAACAACAACGUCCUCGUCGUCAAUAAUUCUCGAGGACGAGAAUUGUAAACAGAAUAAUACAUUUGUAAAUAUUUCAUCGAGAACACGUUUGAGGAGGGUGAGAGGUGGCCUCUCGUCGGAAAAUGGUGACAUACUCGAUUGUCCACUCUCGGAACGGGUCAACUCGCCGGUCGCGACGCCAACCGAUUUACAAAAUAGGCGUUCGAGCAUCGAGUUUCAACCCGUUGUUAGAGUGAUGAAGAUCGAGGAUCAAGUUGAUCGUGACCACAGUAUUCUUUCAGUGGCCGUUGCGAGUAAUCGACGAUUAAGAAGUUCCGGCUCAUCAAAAUCAAGUAGCAGUAGUAGUCAACCACCGAAGAAACGUUUUAAAAGUGGUCGGGGACAUUUUAGUCGAUGGUUGAAAAGUAGUUGAGGAUUUUAUAAACAAAGUGUACAACCUCGGUACGAUCUCGGAAACAUUUAAUCAUCAUCAUCAUCAUCCACCUUCUUCUCCUUAAAACCCCCUCUCGACUGACUCCAAUAUAAUAUUGUUCCGGAUCGUCCGCACGUGUACAUUCUGUACAAAAUGGUAUUUGUGUAUCGUUAGUAUUUAAUACCGCUGACACCAUAGUUUUUAGUAAUAUACUAUUAUAAUUUUACAGCGAGAGCAAAACUUAAACCAAUUUUUGAAAAGUGAUUUUUAUAAAAUCACUUUUUUAAUUACACUUUUGAUAAAUAAUAAUUAAAUAUGAUUUGUUGAUAUCA